AUGGCUAACAACAGAGACCAGGACUUCUCACAGGCACACAGAGAAUACUGCCAUCUCCCCGAGCAUCAUCCCAGCCAUGAAGACGACCCAUCUUCCUCAGAACAUCCCAGCCGCACAUUCCCCAUUGACAGAUACAACCCGGCCUUCAUCAAGCCGCAAGAAAUCGAAGCCUUCGACGGCAGCUGGGUUUUCAUGGCUUGCCCCGGCUCAACCACCAACUGCCCACACUGCAAGAACCACGUCUACCACAUCGGCUGCCUGGUAGUCUCCAUCAGUGGGGCUCUCUCAACAACCAGCGACCCGCCUCGUUCCUCGAUCGGCGUGUUCUUCGGUCCAGACAAUAAGAAGAACCUAGCCAGUGUGCUAGACGGCGACAAACACACUACCCAAACCGCCGAGCUGAAGGCCUGCCUAGAAGCGCUGACCCGACUUUUCGUCCUCCACACGACCUGGCAGAUCGAGCCGCCCAAGAAAUCCACCUGCUACCCGCUACACACGGUCAUCAUCAAGUCCGACUCGGAGUACGUCGUCAUGGGCGCGACUGAGUGGCUGUCAAAGUGGAAGGAGAAUGGCUGGAAGAAGGGCAGUGGUCAGCCUGUUGCUAACCCGGAGCUGUGGCGCCUCGUCGACUCCAUGCUGAAGCAGCUGGAGUAUGAUAUCAAGGUCGAGUUCUGGCUCGUGCGGCGAGAGAUGAAUGGUAUUGCUAUUAGGUUUGCCAAGGAGGCUCUCGGCGAGGCUUAG